GCGAUUUUGAAGUGUCGUUUCAAACCAGGGUGGUUAACUGAAUAUUACUGGGUACAGAAAAACAAAGGACAUUCGAAAAGCACAUUGUCGGGUCUGUAUGAAGACCAUUGGUGUCGGGGGAUGGGGGAAAGUGCCACGAGAAAGAGGAAACCCACAAAGAAAACAUGAAAUUGAGAAGCAAUGUGUUUGCUUGUAAUAACUUAAAAAAAUCGGUGAGGCACGGGCCCUUUACAACCUUGGCAACGUGUAUCAUGCAAAGGGGAAGCACACCAGGCGAUCAGGGAACCAGGACCCCGGGGAAUUCCCUGCAGAGGUCAAGGAGUGUCUGGUCAAAGCUGCUGAAUACUAUGAAGGUUAGCAAUAGCCCGUGAGUUUGGUGACAAGGCUGCCGAGAGACGGGCCUACAGUAACCUAGGCAAUGCCCACAUAUUCCUGGGAGAGUUUGAAGUAGCUGCUGAACACUAUAGAAAAACGUUACAAAUUGCCAAACAGCUGGGUGAUAAGGCGCUGGAGGCCCAGGCAUGUUACAGCCUCGGGAACACAUACACGCUCCUGAAGGACUAUGAGCAGGCGAUAGAGUUCCACAUGAAGCACCUCAAGAUCGCCCAGAAGCUUGAAGACCGGGUCGGGGAGGGUCGGGCGUGUUGGAGCCUCGGGAACGCCCACACGGCCCUAGGGCGUAACGAAGAGGCUUUGCAGUAUGCCAGCAAACAUCUCGAGAUCUCUAAAGAGAUUGGAGAUGAGACAGGUCAGGUGACUGCCCAGAUGAACCUUGCUGACCUCAAGUCAGUGCUGGGCAUCAAAGUGGGGCCAGACGAAGGUCACAGGCCCAGCCCCUUAGACCAUCUGGAUGUUGGAAUGUACCGACGUACCGGCGUCUCCCGGCGACACAGCAUGGAACAGAUGGAGUUGAUGAAGCUCACGCCAGACAAGAAAGGAGAGACAAUCCCAGUACAUGGCGGGGCAAGACCUAAGAUACCCAAGGUGCAGAAAUCCAUGACCGUGGCCACAUCAGAGACAAUCAUAGCCAAGAAUCAGGCCCCUAUGGUUGAGACACUGUCCCCAGAAGAUGAUGGUUUCUUUGAUCUGCUGAGCAAGUUCCAAGGUCGCCGUAUCGACGAGCAGCGGUGCAGCCUCAAGUUGCCUGCGGAGAAAAAUGGACUCCUGGAGUCAGAAAACAAGGAGAACAGACCCAAACUGGUGUCCACCCCAGACAGCGAGAACUUCCUUGACAUGGUGGCAGGCAUUCAGGGGUCACGCAUGAACGACCAGCGAGCCUCACUACCGCAGUUUCCAGGUCUCAACUCCCAAGCCGUUAUCAACCAAUAUCUCCGCGAGAGAAACGUUAACGACGUACCAGACGACAGCUUCUUUGAAAUGCUCAUGCGUUGUCAGGGAUCCCGGAUUGAUGAUCAGCGUAGUGCCCUACCACACAACCGCCCCGCCCCAACCGUCCCAGACGAAGAUUUCUUCGGGCUGAUCCAGAAGGUCCAGUCUAGCCGUCUGGAGGAGCAGAGAACCAGUCUACCCGAUAAGGAUGAAAUCUCGCCUCCUCAACAGGCCUCCGUGAAGAAGAAAAAGAAAUAA